UCAACGAAUGAGUAAUCAUCAGUUUCAAAUCGAUCUUCGUCAUAUGUUAUGUAUCAGUUGUCAUAUCGAGAACAAUUGGUAUCGCGUGAAAAAGUGCACGUGACGUGACGAGUUAAUAAUUUGGGGACAAAAAAAUUUGCAUAUGUAUGUAAAUUGCAGAUAUUGCUAUGUGUGACGUACAUUUUUUAUCCACGCCCGUGGGUGACAGUUUGCAGUAUCCGGCGCUAUUGGAAAGUCAUUGGACUACCAAGGUACGUACGUAAUUCGACCAGAUAUGGACGAGGGUGGCAGGGGUGAAGUCUUAUGCAGAGUAUGCGGUGACAAGGCCUCGGGAAAACAUUACGGGGUGCCGAGCUGCGACGGAUGUCGCGGUUUCUUCAAACGGUCCAUCCGCAGGUAUGCGAGGAAUCUGGACUACGUGUGCAAGGAGAACGGCCGAUGCGUUGUUGACGUAUCCCGAAGGAACCAGUGUCAAGCUUGUCGCUUCACCAAAUGUUUGCGUGUGAACAUGAAGCGAGACGCGGUGCAGCACGAGAGAGCACCGAGAAAUGUAGCAUCUUUUGCGACCACCGUCCGCAGAGUUCCAUCGGGACUUCAUCCCGGGAUCCCCCACAUCUACCAUACGGCCACUGGAGCUCCGUAUCAUCCGCUCAUCUACCCAGCCUUUUUCCCCUUCAAGCCAACGAUACCGAACUUUGCACCAGGCGUGGGUAUAGAUUUCAAGUGUCAGUCAUCGCCUCCAAUUCAGGGGCUUUUCCUGGCGCGGGCGGGGAACGAACCUCUGCCGCCACCUCUUUCGGCCAAGGAAGACGAGGUGACGAGUUCCGAGGAAGCUGCGACCGUUGACAGCCAAAACUCGGGAAAGGAGGACGCCCAUGGCGAUCCUUUGGCAUCCUCGCCAUCGAGCCUGGCGACGGCAAUGUCGGACUACGCCUCCUCGGGAUUGACGCUGUUGACAACGGAGAACGUUUACGAAUCUGCAGCGAAGCUACUUUUUCUUGCUGUUAAAUGGGCAAGAAGUAUACCCUCCUUCCUCCAGCUGUCAUAUCGAGACCAGGCGAUACUCCUCGAAGAGUCCUGGAGCGAACUGUUCGUCCUUACGGCGGCGCAAUGGAACUUUCCGGCGGAGGCGGCUGCUCUGGUCUCGGCUGACGCGUCCAUUGACAGGCGAUCUGGCCUGGAAGAGGAGGCAAGAAGGCUCAGGGAACUUCUGGCAAGAUGCGCAACGCUGAGGAUCGACCACUCCGAGUACGCUUGCCUGAAGGCGAUAGUUCUUUUCAAAGGAGAAUCGCGAGGUCUAGCCGAGGCCGUGAGGGUAACAGCUCUUCAGGAACAAACCGUAGCCGUACUCGGCGAGCAGGGCGCGGGUCGCGUCGGACGGCUGCUUCUUCUCCUUCCACCGGCGCGAGCUCUCUGCCGCAGGACGCUCCAGGAGUUGCUCUUCAAGCCGACUGUGGGGGACGUUAGCGUCGAACGGCUUCUAGGGGACAUGGUCCAUGCGACGAGGCCGGUUUGGAAACACCGCCAUUCUUCCGUGUUGCUGGGAUCACAACUAGAAUUAACGACCAGAAGAAGCAUAGAAGAAGCUAAGCUCGCUGUGAUCUCUACGUAUAUCCAAACGCUUGAAAUCCAGACGGAUACCGUCAACCAUUUCAAUGUAAACAAGAACAAGAAUGCCACCGAUUUCUGCCGGGAACUUGGAUUGCAACGAACCCAGCGGCUCGGUUCUGGCGCGUAGCACUAUAACAAUUAGUGAGACUCGUUCCCACGGUAAUGUGCAAGGCACAAGUACUAUCACUUGCUUGAAAAGUAUGAUUUUUAUUCUCCUUUUAUGCAGUUGGUGAGAAUUGUCUCAAAUGUUCAGCGGUUGCAGAUAUGUCACGGGUUUUCGGCCUCAUUGUGAAACAUUUCUUCGCCGAUUGAAUUUGACAUAUUAAUAUAUGGACGUACCUGAGGCAUGAAUCAGUCUGCGUUCAGAAAGUGAGGCUAGGAUUUGACUAAAUUAUUGAAUUUUUCUGUGCAUGGGUCAUGGAUUUCACCGACACGUCAGAUUGUAACUUCUUCUAUCGAAUCCCCACUAACGGAUCUAGAGUCAUAGCUCUCGUGCUCCAGUGGAUCAAAUUUAUCUACAUAUUUAUUCAUUUCCGUAUCAACGUACGUGUUCAUCAAUUUCUUUAACCUUUUUUUUUCCAAAAACACCGUUUAAUUUUCACACCGAAGUUUCUUCAUCGACUUUACAUACCAUCGAAAAUAUGUACUAAUCGCUAAAAAUGACCUCGUAUUGGUAUACAUUGCGCAAAUUCGGGAAUUGGGGAUAAUUCAACAGGACAGAGCAGACAUAUUUAUUAACUAGAAUAAUUUAUUUUUUUUUUUCAUGGUAGAAAAAGGAGAAUGUAUAAUAACUCAUGGACUGCAUUGUACUCAUAUAUAUACAAUUACAUACAAUCCUCGAUUGAAUGUUACACAUAAGUUCCUUAUAAAUCUGAUUCUAUGAAUAUUUUGCCCGAGAGCGGUUCUCAUUUAACGUAAUUUAAUAUAUAAUAAGUGAAUGUGUAUGCCGCAAUAUUUGUGAGAAACUGGCUACAAGUGUAUACGUGAAUUUACAUACGACUGUUAUUACAUUGUUAAUUUUUGGAUUUAUAUGUGUUAUUUAUGAAAAACGGGCUGCAUGAUUCUUGUAUUAUAGGUCAUACAUAUUUAUUAUAUGAGUAUAUAAUGAGCUGUGAAUCGGGUUUUAAUUAACGUGGUGUCUACAUAUACAACCAUUCAUAUGUUACGUAUUAUAAUUUAAAGAUAGCAAGCGGUGCCAAAAUACACAGAUAAGCUGUAUGCAGACAAUAUUCAUCGUUCAAUUGGCAAAUCAAAUAAUUUACGAAUCCACGGUUAUCCUACGGAUAGUUCUUUUUAGCCGUUAUACUCUGA